UGUGCUGCAGCUCGAACCCCAGGGACUGUAUUUGCGAGGUACACUUUCUAAACCCAGUGAUAUCCAGAAAGCCAAAACUUCAGCGACAGACGAAGUUAUUUAAACACAAAGAGAAGAAUUUCCUGCGACCUGGGCAGAUGAACAUCAACGUCGCCACUUGGGGGAGGCUCAUGAAAAAGACACUGCCAUCAGGCGAUGCUAACCGUGAGGCCAGCAUAGAGGCGCCCUCUAUCUCGGCUUCGGACAGGGGCAUACCUGUGCACAAGAUUAACUUCGAGGGUCCGUCAGAGAGGGUGGGACACCUGUCACAGAGUGAAGACCAAGAGGUGUUCAAAUCGGAGGAGUUGGCGUGGGCAGAGGAGGCGGAGCGGGAGCGGGAGCGGGAGAGAGGUAUACAGAUGGGGGAGGAGGAGGAGCAGGAGGAGCAGCCUCCGCCGUUGCCGCAGUCGGCACCGCCGCCGCUGCCCGCCUCAUCGUGUCCCUCGCCUCCCGAAUACUCGAUCGCCGUAAACGAUGCACUCUCAGCAUUCGAUUUCUUGCCUGGAGAGGAGCAGGUGGUUAUGAUCAGUGAGCCACAAAGGUCACAUCCAGUGCUAGACGAAGAUCUCGAAGGUGCCUACGACAUAGUGCCAGUUCCAUCGUUGCCUCCGGAGCGACCUCGUGUGCUACCUAGCAUCCCACCGCGACCACCGAAGAGCCAAACAAUUGUGACUGCCGUGUCGUCACGGGAACCAGACUUUCCCGCAGGAAUCGACAUGGAUAACUUCCGCUGUAUCAGCGUUCUGGGUAGAGGUCACUUUGGCAAGGUACUGUUGUCGGAGUACAAGAACACACGUGAAAUGUUUGCCAUCAAGGCGCUCAAGAAAGGUGACAUCAUCUCCCGGGAGGAGGUCGAAUCGCUCAUGUCGGAGAAGAGAAUAUUCGAGGUGGCUAACGCGAUGCGACAUCCGUUCCUCAUCAACCUGUUUGCCUGCUUCCAGACCAAGGACCACGUCUGCUUCGUAAUGGAGUACGCGUGCGGAGGUGACCUCAUGAUGCACAUCCAUUCUGAUGUGUUCUCGGAGCCGCGCGCUUGCUUCUACGCUUCCUGUGUAGUACUCGGCCUUCAGUACCUGCACGAGCACAAGAUAGUGUACCGGGACCUGAAGCUUGACAACCUCCUGCUAGACGCUGACGGCUUCGUGAAGAUCGCCGACUUCGGCCUGUGCAAGGAGGGCAUCGGCUUCGGCGACCGCACGGGCACGUUCUGCGGCACGCCAGAGUUUCUCGCCCCCGAGGUGCUCACCGAGACGUCGUACACGCGCGCCGUCGACUGGUGGGGACUCGGCGUGCUCAUAUUCGAGAUGCUGGUGGGAGAGUCUCCAUUCCCGGGUGAUGACGAAGAGGAGGUGUUUGACAGCAUUGUAAAUGAUGAAGUGCGCUAUCCCCGAUUUCUCUCCACGGAAGCCAUUGCGAUAAUGCGCCGAUUGCUACGGCGGAAUCCGGAGCGACGCCUUGGAUCGAGUGAAAGAGAUGCGGAGGAUAUUAAAAAGCAACCUUUCUUCAGGAGCAUAGACUGGGAUCAGUUGCUGAGACGGGAGGUGAAGCCUCCGUUUGUACCGACUGUUCGAAACGCCGAAGACGUUAGUAACUUUGACGAAGAGUUCACGACAGAGCGCGCGAUCCUGACGCCGCCGAAAGACCGCCGCACGCUCAGCGUCGACGAUCAGGCUCUCUUCAGCGACUUCAACUACAUGGCGGACUGGUGCUGAGCGAAGCCACCUGGUGUUGUACCUGAGCGGCGAGUAGUUAUGCUUGCAGCGCUGGGCCUUGUCCGAUCGCGCAGCUGUGGAUUGCAGGAGCUGCACGCGGCACACCGGUCGUGCAAGUAUCCGGUGUCAGCAGCUGUAAGAGUCCAGUCGUCUAAGUGUCUCAUCUCAACGGACAUAUAUGACUAGCUUUCCAAAUAUCUGGUGUCGACACACAGAUUAGACGGGUGUGGAAGUGUCUGAGAUGUUGAGCCGCACUAGACUAGGUGUCUCGUGUCAAUAGCCGUACGAGGCUAGUUGCCAAAGUCCCUGGUGUCAACACCUUUAGCCUGGUGCACCUGCAGCUCUAGGCACGUUGUCUCUAAGUGUCUGUGAUCUAGAACCAUGUGAGACUGUUGGGCGAGUAUCUGGAGUUCACAGCCGAAGCAGCCUGGUUGCCCCAAUAUCUGAACCAGCUAUCGUGCUGCGAUGGUCUCAGGUCCAUAGCUUCCGCCCACUAUCUGUGAGGAGUGACAGAGUUUACAUCUUUGUGUCUUUGAAACACUCGUGCUAUAAGGCUUAAGUACGUCAUUGUAAUUCGUUUGGAGUUUUCGGCCAAGAUUGAGACAGACUAGAACAGAUAGAAGGAAACAGUACUGUGUGAUGUUAGUGCUAAUGUCGGGCUGUGCCAUCAGGUAUGCCAUCUCUACAUACAGUCCUGGCAAUGUCAGGGAGUGUUCGUUACAUUUUCGUUGUUGUGGUGGAUUCGUUCCGAAACCAAAUGGUGGUUUAUGUCAUAGUAAAAACAUGUUUGGCGUGUGUUAUUUUAAUGUACAAAGCUGUGUUGAUAUCAAGGGCACUAGUUUUACUAAUUCCUCCCUAGCCUGGUUCAGCUGCGAACGGCAAGAUGUAACAUAAGUGCAGCUAUGUAUUUUAUUAGUUUGCCGUUGAAUUUUAGAUGACAUUGAAAAAUAGCAGCUGCCUUUGUAGGUUACAGACAUAUCGCAGUGCUGCGUGAUGUAUACUGCUUGCAACACCGUCUAUGGCUGUGACAUGCCAUGUGCCCAGUGCAUUUGUAAUUAUAAUGGUUGUGUCUGGAUGAUCACAUUAAUUGCGUGUUUUACGUAAAUGACAUGUUAAUGUUAUUAUUGCCAUGGGUAUGUAUCAAGACAAAGCGUGUGAUAACAAGAUACGACAGUGUUAGUUGUUAGUUGGUGCUGUUGUGCCUUAGCAUCACGAUUUAUACAUACAUGACAUACAUGCUGUGUGUCAGGAACAGAGUGAACACAUUUCUGUAUUAUUUGGCACGCUGCAUUGUUUAGACUGAGAGUGCCAUUGCAUACUCACUGUCUAAUAUGGUUGAAUCGUUUAUGAUGUAACGAUGGCAGCACAUAUCAUAGUCAAGUUAUAAACAGCUAUAUUGCAGUGAAUAGUUAUUAUAAUGUGGAAACGUGGCUUGUUAGCAUGUGGGUGUGCGAACCUGAAAAAUAUCCUCCAACUAUUACUUACAUGGUAUUGUGAACAUAUCUAUACAUUGACUAAGAAAGCUAACUACACUAGCAGUUCUAGUAACGUGACCUCUUCAGAAUUAAAAAAAAAAUUGUCACUAAAACCCACUCCAGCUAAAUCUGCUUUAGCCACAGAUUCCUAAAAUUAUCUCCAUCACUUGGUACAAACUGUUGACUCUUGUUUAUACCAUUUUAACAACCUAUAGCCUAGUAAUAUACAGAACUCUUGACGUGGCCCUAGUCGUUACUGUUCGCAAGUUGAAUGCUACAAACCGUGAUAAAAAAAACGUUACAUUGUUAAUUCUAAAUGCAUACCUAAUUGCUUAAUUAUGACGAAAUAAAGCACAUUUGAGUCUAUUAAAUUGGAGCUAAAUUGUGCUUGUAUCAGCUUUUGGCACAUGGAAACCUCAUUACUAAUGUUAGCUCGUGCUAAUUAUUUUUGCUGUCUAGUACCGCUUUUACAAAAGUCUGAAAUGGUGUCACUGCUGGAGUAGCAGGUGUAGUGGUCUUUCAUGUUCAUUUUAUAGAUGUGUUUAUGAUAAUGUACGGUUUACUCAUAUUUGCACCCCGAGUUUCAAAAAUACAUGUAUUUGAUGCAGGUAUUUUAAAGAAUGAAAAUAUGUGUCAAGUGCAUAAAUAGCACUGAUUAAUUUAAAAAAAAAUGCCUAUGCAAACAUGUAAUCUUAUAUAUUCUGAUGCAUUGUAUGACAUACAUUUUAUCAAGAGUGAUUAAUAAUAGAUCUAUUAUUAUUCAAUCCGGAUUUUAUCACACGUGGCCUAUGAAUUUCGGCUGACAACAACGACUGUUCUAAUCCUGUAAGUGACCGUGCUGCCAUCUGGUAACCCGAUCUUAAUUAUUUAAAGUCAAAUUAGGAUUCUUCUACACCAAAUCGCAACGCUAUCGAGUGGUAAUGUCUAAUGCUGACCCUACACGUCGUGGCAUAUAAGCACGCGGGAGCGGUGUCGUGACAAUCUCCAAUGUCAUUGUUAAUGUCGUGGUUGUCCUUCACACUUUUCUGUCAUGCAGCCGCCCUUGCUAAAGUCACGCAGCCACUUUCUGUAAUCAUGGAUUUUUGAGCAAAACUAGCCGGCCAGUGUUGUCUGCCUCAGCCAUAGUGUUAUUGUUUUCUUCAUGGAUGACAGCUCGUGUAUGGCUGCCAGUGCUUACGAUGCGGCUGCUAGCGAUGCCAGGCUGUUGGCACGCCGACUGCGCAGGUUGUCUCGUUGUUUCGGCAUUGUUGGGGGGGCCACUUUACAAUUUGAUCAGAGGUGGCCAUAGAAACCUAAAUGACACUCCUGUCAGCUGUUCGUCCACGCGUACACCUGAGAGUUGCAAGCUUGAUGAAAAUCUUAUUUUAUGUAAUAGACGCGUUUUAAUAAAACCAUGAAAUGUAAUUAAAACGACAA